GAGAUGUGUUGUUUUUCAUCCCGGAGCCUCUCUGUCAGUCACCGCCUCGCAGCCAAUGGUAAGUUCGCCUCGGUCGGACCGACUCGCCGCUUGCUCCUCCGGUCCCUCCUCGUGCUGUCCUCGCCGUGCACGCGCGUGGUACCCACGGUCGUGAGGAGGAGGAGGAUGUUGCGCGUGAAGGGGAAAUGGCUGCCGAAAACAAGCCGGAAGGACUGAAGAAAGUACGUAAUCCGGAUCGAAUGUACAGAUCAGCAGUGUGUUAUGCUGGCCAUGGUCCACCUAAGAGUAUCAGUGAUGACACAGAGACGAACAAUGAACAUGGACAUUUGAAAAUAUACCUGCCCAAGAAGCUGCUUGAAUGUCUACCAAAAUGCACCUCGCUGCCAAAGGAGAGACACCGGUGGAACACUAAUGAGGAGAUCGCAGCUUACUUGAUAACAUUUGAAAAGCAUGAAGAAUGGCUAACGACAUCCCCUAAAACAAGGCCGCAGAAUGGGUCGAUGAUACUGUACAAUAGGAAGAAGGUGAAGUACAGAAAAGAUGGCUACUGCUGGAAGAAGAGGAAAGACGGGAAGACCACACGGGAGGAUCACAUGAAGUUGAAAGUUCAGGGAGUUGAGUGUUUGUAUGGCUGCUACGUCCACUCCUCCAUCAUCCCCACCUUCCACCGUCGGUGCUACUGGCUGCUCCAGAACCCUGAUAUUGUGCUCGUCCACUACUUGAAUGUUCCGGCUAUUGAGGAUUGUGGGAAGCCAUGUGGACCGAUCCUGUGCUCCAUCAAUACCGACAAGAAGGAGUGGGCCAAGUGGACCAAGGAGGAGCUGAUUGGCCAGCUCAAGCCCAUGUUUCAUGGCAUCAAGUGGACUUGCAGCAAUGGGAACAGCAGCUCUGGCUUCUCAGUGGAGCAGCUAGUGCAACAGAUUCUGGACAGCCACCAAACUAAGCCACCUCCCCGGACUCACAACUGCCUCUGCACGGGCACCCUGGGUGCAGGGAGCAGCGUACACCACAAAUGCAACAGCGCCAAACACCGUAUCAUCUCCCCUAAGGUGGACCCCCGCUCAGGUGGCUACAGCAGUGCCCACUCUGAGGUCCAAAACAACGAUGUGUCAGAAGGGAAGACCGAGCACAGUGCCCAUGGUGGAGGGAAGAGCUCUGGUGGAGGCGGUGGAGGGGGCAGCACCAGGGAGAAACGCAACGGCAAAGUCCACAAACCCGUCCUGCUGCACCAGAACAGCACAGAGGUGUCGUCCACCAACCAGGUCGAGGUUCCUGACACCACGCAGAACUCCCCCGUCUCCAUCAGCAGCGGCCUCAACAGUGAUCCAGAUAUGGCCGACAGCCCUGUGGUGACAGGAAUGAGCCACGUGGCCUCUGUCAUGUCUGGCCUGUCCCAGAGUGUCUUUAUGUCUGAGGUCACUGGAGACCCUGUCUACAGCAUGUCUCCGACUGGGGGUCCCAAUACUCACAUGAUAGGUGCAGAUGCCACUUCACAGGGCUUGGUGCUGUCUGUGACUUCUGAUCGUCACAAAUUUGCCUUCCCCACUGGAGGGGUGGGGGAACCUGGGACCACCACGGCAGGAGACAGUCUGUCCAUGUUGUCUACAGCUGGGGUGUCUGAAGAACUGGUGCUGUCGAGUAGUCUGGACUCUGGAACCAUCAAGAUCCCAGAGACCAAUAUGAACUUUGACCCUGACUGCUUCCUGAACAACCCGAAACAAGGUCAAACCUAUGGAGGCAGUGCAAUGAAGACAGAGGGCAACUCCUCAAACUCUUCUUCCUCUUGUGGCAACGGUAACACCAAUGGAAGUCUGCAGCGCUCCCCGACCAUGUCAGACAAUGGAUACACCUUCAGCUCAGCCCUUGUAAAGAACAUCAAGACAGAAGACACAUCCUUCGAGCAGCAGCUGGCCAAAGAGAGUGGCUACCAGGUGGGGCCAGUAGUAAACUGUGGCAGUGGGGUGUCUGUGUCGUCUGGUGCUGGUUCAGGCCAGGGUAGCCUUACUCUGACUGCAGCAGGAUCCCUGCUCCCUUCUGGUGGGGGUCUAAGUCCCAGCACUACCUUGGAGCAGAUGGAUUUCAGUGCCAUCGAUGCCAAGCAAGACUACACUUCCAACGCUGCCACAGUGAGUUAUGGUCAGGCCAUGUCCAGUCCUCACAUGCAACACCAGAAUCGUUCGCCAAGCUUUUUCCUUCAGGAUGGAUCUCAGACCAACCAGACUCAGCAGGGGAGGCCCAGCAUGGGUCAGAAAACACAUAUGAUGGAGCACAACUCCCAUGACUCUGGAGGAUAUAUGGGGCUACAAGUGGUGAAAACAGACUCUCCUGGCAGCAACAGCCACCUCCAUCACCACCAUCAGGCCCAUCAGAACCAGCAUAGGGCCAACUGCAAUGGAGGUUCACCUGCUGAGGGCCCAGGCCAAGCUGGUUCUCUCCAACUGCUGCAGUACCAGGGGACCUUUCCAGGGCUGGGCGCUGAGCACGAGGAGGUGGUUGGUCUAGAGCAAUCCGGCAGUGUGAGUUCAGCUCAGGCUGGAGCCACGGAGAAUGGAGCAGAGAAUCUACUCAAGCCAGGAGAUCACAUUCAGGCUUGUGGGGCAGGAAAUGGAGAGGGAGGGGCAGCAGAACACUACCUGCAACAGGCGUCGGAUGGUGGUGGAGCAGGGACAGGGGGUGCAGGUGACGGGGUAGCAAUUCAUAAUGGAAACAACAGCAGUGAUGGAAGCAACCGCAACCAGCAGCAACAGCAGCUGCAGCCUCUCCUGCAAGGCACAAGCAUGGUCCAGGGACUCUACAACGCUGUUGGAACCCACCAAGGUCUGGGUGGUGCAGCCAGUAAUGGAGGAGCAGGAGGGACAGGCAUGGAGAUCAGUCUGGACCACUUUGACAUCUCUUUUGGAAACCAGUUCUCUGACCUCAUUAAUGACUUCAUCUCAGUGGAUGGCAGUGGAACUACCAUGUCAGCUGGAGGGGCCCUGUAUGCUCACCAGCUAGUCACAUCUCACAGCUCUGAUAAUCAGAACACAGCUGGUGGGCCCCCUCAGCAGGGCCAGGAGGAUGGAGGGGCCAGGGGCUCUGGCUACAGCCCAUCAGAGCUCUGCCUUCAACCCUGCUGCAGUCCCCAGUCUCUAAGUGGAGGCACCGGAGCUGGAGGGAACACAGGAGAGGCCGGCUCAUUGUCAUACAUGAAUGUAGCAGAGGUGGUUUCUGCAGCUGUAGCCCAAGGAGCUCUGGGGAUGCUUCAGGCAACAGGUCGGCUCUUCAUGGUCACUGACUACUCCCCGGAGUGGUCCUAUCCUGAGGGUGGCGUUAAGGUGCUGAUAACUGGACCCUGGCAAGAGGCCAGCUCCAACUACAGCUGCCUGUUUGACCAGAUCUCAGUCCCAGCUUCUCUUAUCCAACCGGGGGUGCUGCGUUGCUACUGUCCAGCUCAUGAUACAGGGCUGGUGACGCUACAGGUGGCCGUCAGUAACCAGAUCAUCUCCAAUUCGGUGGUGUUUGAGUACAAGGCCCGCGCUCUUCCUUCACUGCCAUCAUCUCAGCACGACUGGCUCUCUCUGGAUGAUAACCAGUUCAGAAUGUCUAUCCUGGAGCGCUUGGAGCAGAUGGAGAGGAGGAUGGCAGAGAUGGCCAGCCACCAGCAGCCGAGCAGUGCAGGGAGUGGCGGAGCUGGGGGAGGAACAGGGGGAGGAGGAGGAGGAGGAGGAGGUGGUGGUGGUGGAGGAGGAGGAGGAGGAGGAGGUGGAGGGGGAGGCAACAACAGCCAGUCGCAGUGUGUAUCUGGCCAGACGCAGGCCAGCAGCUCUUUUGAGAGUCGUGUCGUGGUGGUCUGUGAGAAGAUGAUGAGCAGAGCUUGUUGGGCCAAGUCCAAACAUUUAAUCCACUCCAAGACCUUCAGAGGCAUGACACUCCUUCACCUGGCUGCAGGCCAAGGCUAUGCCACCCUCAUCCAGACACUCAUCAAGUGGCGUACCAAGCAUGCUGAUAGCAUUGAUUUGGAAUUAGAAGUGGACCCUCUCAACGUGGAUCACUUCUCCUGCACUCCUCUGAUGUGGGCAUGUGCACUUGGUCACCUGGAGGCAGCAGUGGUCCUAUAUAAAUGGGACAGACGUGCCCUGGCUAUCCCAGAUUCUCUGGGACGCUUACCCCUGUCAAUUGCCCGCUCUCGUGGUCAUACCAAAUUAGCAGAAUGUCUGGAGCAGCUACAGAGGGAAGAGCAGCAGCCACCAGCCCCGCUACCACCCACAACUCGCAUGUCUUUCUCCCCAGCCCCUGACGCACCCACCACAGACAGCUGGAUGGUCAGCUGGGCAAACGACAGCGUAGUAGCACCCAGUGGCAAGAAAGGAGGUUCUGUUACCACCACAACCACAUCCAGCACCACCAGCCUCAACCCAGACUUGAGAAGGCCCAGAUCAGAACCCUCCAACUACUACAGCAGUGAGGGCCAAAGAGACCUUCCACUUGCUAAAAAACAUAAACCCAACCCAGAACUGUUUCAGACUCGGCCUGACAAGGCCAUGUCUGUUCCUCUGAGCCUGGAGCAGCAGCAGCUCCACAAGUUGUCCUCAAGCACUAAGAGCCUAUCCUCAGAAGGCCUGAGCUCAGACAAAGGCCUGUCUACAGGAGGCAGUACAGGAACAUCCCGGUGGGCCUCCAGGGAGAGUUUCUCCAGCAGCAACUUGGGGAGGAAGGCGCUGGGGAUCAGUGGAAGUAGCAGCCUGGGGAAGGAGAAACUUGUCAACCGAUUGCGUCAACGGGAACAGCUAGGCAUGCUGGUAAUGGCAGACAGAGAGAUGGCAGAUUCAGAACUGCUGUCAUAUCGAGAAGAUCUGGAGAACCAAGAUUGUCUCACACAGAUGGAUGACCUACAGGUAAAUAUGAUGACUCUGGCAGAGCACAUAAUUGAAGCGACGCCAGAGAGAAUCAAAAGGGAGAACUUCACCGCGUCGGAUUCUGUGCCCUUAGACACGUCAGGGGUCAGCAACACCAUGAACUGGCUGGCCAACUACCUGGGAGAUGUAGAGCAGCUGCCAAGCAUCAUACAUCUACGGUCUCUGUAUAAUGAACCCCUGACCCCUUCAUCCAACCCCAGCCUGAGCCCUGGGGCGUCUCCGCUGAGAGAGGGCCCCCUUGAAAGGUCAACGCUCCCUUCCCCGGCUGACUGGAGUGAGUUCAUCAAUGCCUCCAACAGCAAGGUGGAGCGAGACCUGGCCCAGCUGACUCUGUCAGAUCCAGAGCAGAGAGAACUGUAUGAGGCUGCCCGCCUAGUCCAAACUGCCUUCCGCAAGUACAAGGGGCGGCCGCUCCGAGAGCAACAAGAAGUAGCUGCUGCUGUUAUACAACGUUGUUACAAGAAAUACAAACAGCUAACAUGGAUAGCCUUGAAGUAUGCACUUUAUAAGAAGAUGACGCAGGCCGCCAUCCUUAUCCAGAGUAAAUUCCGCAGCUACCACGAACAGAAGAAGUUCCAGCAGAGCAAGAGGGCUGCCGUGCUCAUUCAGCAAUACUAUCGCAGCUACAAGGAGUUUGGCAGGCUGAAGCCCCACCACCGUGGGGCCGCUGCUGCCCUGGUGCAGCAUAAACUGAGAGGUAGUCUGCUUACAAAGAGGCAGGAUCAGGCUGCCAGGAAGAUUAUGAGGUUCCUACGACGCUGCCGCCACAGCCCCUUGAUGGACCAUAGACUGUUCAAGCGGGUGAGUGCAGCCUCAGCAACUCAGGUGAAAGAAUUGAAAAGGGCCAAGGAACAUGAGACCCCUCAGAAGAGCCCCCUUGCGAUGUGACAUCACUCUCCUGACUCCUCUUUUCUUUUUGUUUGUACACAAGACAUUUUACAAGAGAAACAGAAAAAAAACAUCAAUGCAAGCACCGCAAUUAUUAAUACUACUGCGGUGUUACUGGUCCGACUACAUGUACAACAGCAUUUCUUUUCCACACAUCUAUUCUUUCCACUGACUUGAUUUUCUUUGGAGAGUGGCAACUUCUACGGGAUUAUAAACUAAAAGGGUAGGGGUGGGGGGGGUGCCGAACAUUUGCUUCUUGGCAUUUUUUGCACUUUUUCAUGGAUUGCUUUGUCUUUUUUGGAUAUGAAAAGGUUUUGGACGGCGAAGGAAGCGAACACAGGACAUGUCUGAGGCGGUCUGUCACACGUAGGACCCAGAGAGACGUAAAUUGAGGCUGCUGCAGAAGAUCUCAGAGGACAGAGACACCGUGCAGCAACACUCGGGGCUCUAAUUGUAUUUCAUAAUUUUUUAAGUGACCAAUCAAUUCAUUCGAAGAAGGAUUUUUUUUAACCAAAUAUAUUGAUAAACCACACGCCCACUUCUGUCCACUGCUGUAGAUUAGACAAUAUUCAACUUAGCUCAAGAGUUCUCCUCCUGUCCCACUGUGCUCUACCCCACCAGUCUGCCCACACGGGUGGAGCUACAAAUGAAUGUAGUCGGGGUUUAAACAUGCAGAAGCAGAUAGGGGAUAAAAUAUUUGUGUUUUAACAUUUCUUAAAAAAAACUAUGCUUUAUCAUAUAUAUUGUCACUUUAUUACUUGAAUUUGUUCCAUACUGUCCAAUGUAUUUCCUCCAUCAUGUCCAAUGUAUAGGUGAUCUGUAUCUUCAGGCUAUAUGUUGUUAAAUCCUACCAAGAAAAAAAUGCAUGACUUCUUGGCAAGAAAAGUCUUUGCUUGUGUGCUUAUGGUCUAGUCUUUCAGCCUAUCCUCUGAUUUUCUUUUUGUUUCCACUUUCGUGGUCCACAUCUUCAUAUUCUCCUCUUUAGUUCUGUCAUUCCAGUAAUGAAGCUACCCUGUAUUGUCCUGUUUCUUUUUAUUUGAUUUCAGUUUGCCUUGUUCAAUUGAAUGCUCCUCUGAAACCUAACAAGAGAAAAGAACUUGCCUAUUUUGUGUUGUAAUGGUUAUGGUCAUGCAGGUUAUUACUGUUCUUUUUAAAUGAACUUCAGAGCCUGUGAAGGCCUUUGAGGGGAAGAUCACAUACAUUGCCUUGACGUCUUAGAGAUUCUUUGAGGGGUCCCUAAGCUUGUCCCAAAAUAGGGGUUUGACAAAUCCAUAUUUUUGACAAUUGAGCGAUUUCUGUAUAUAAAGAAGGCUGAAAGUACGUAGGAAAAAACAUGUACCCAAAGGGGAUUGUAUUUUAGAAAUAUAUUAUUUUAUUCAUUAAAAAUGGGUCAAAAACAGGUACGAGACAAAAACUGAAUAUUUGUAUAGUUUUGUUUGAAUGCCGAAGAAGUAUGGUUGUAUUGUUUGUAUAUAGUGUAAAUACCUGGGAUAAAAAUGAGCUAUGUGCAUGAAAAGUAUGAACAGAGUCAAAAGGGAAAAAAACAACAAAAGCAGUAGUGGCUAUGCUCUGUAAAAUUAAAACUAUUUCACUAUUAGAGUAUUUUAUUUUAUUUUCAUUGUUCUUGAGAAGAACAUUUUGCUAAAGCAUGAUAUUAUUGCAAUAUGAAAAAGUAAAAAAUACUGUAUUUAGUGUUAGGAGAAGUCUUCGAAAUUAUCUUAAAACAAGUACGGUUAUGUUUAAAUUUUUUUAAAUUAAUAUUAUUUGUUUGUUUUGGGCUACCAAGAACCUUUUGCCAAUGGUGCCAAGGUAUGUGAAUGCUAUAUAGCUUAAGAAGAGAAUUAAGUUAAUUUUUUGCAGAACAGAUAAUCAUACAGUGAAAUACACACGAGCACUGAAGACCAUAUUGUCACAACUGGCCGAGGAUUGCGAAAACACUGAGUUACACAGUUUGCAGAGGGAGUCAUAUUUAAGCAGAAAGCAUUUAAGUCUAUCACGUCUCCACCAUUACCGCAGAUAACUGGAGCAUUUGUCCAUCAGUGAAUACACCAUAUCAAAGGUUUUUUUUUGUUGUUGUCAUUGCGAAUGGAAUGUGAUUCGAUUACUGAGGUAUCUUGUCUGAUCGUAAAGAUUGUAAAUGGCAGCCUUGCCCACGGUGUCCCUAUAAAGCAAUCCAUGUUCUUACUCUCUGUCAUGGAAAAAGAGGGAAUUCACCUCUUUAAACGUGCAGUAUCGUGCACCGAGCUUUGGCUUAUGGAUUCUAGGUUGAUCCCUGUAGUAAACAGGAUAUCAUUAUCUCUAUACAGUUUGUAUUGAUGACAGAAGUCCUUGAUCAAGGCUGCCAGGGUCUAAGCAGACCUUGUAUUCUGUGUCAAAAAGAAAAAAACAUGUCCAGUUGAAAAUUGUGUAGCAUUCUGUACAUGACUGCGUUUCUUUGCCAAGCAGCUGAAAACUUAUUUGCAAAAUGAACCGUUUCAACAUUUAAGGUGCUAAAACAAUUCUUUAUAGAAGGACAGCACUAAAAGUUCACCUCAAUGUAGGGUCAAUGAGCCAAAAUGACUGUAGUAACUAAUGUGUAAAAGCGUGCACUAGUGCCAUUUAUAAUACAGAUAUAUCUUGUACAUUGGAUGAUAUAUAACAUAGUAAUAUAAGAUAGAAGUUUUGAUCGGGCUGUAGGAGAUGUCUGAAAGAGAAUAACACGUGAGCUGCUGGUUUAGAGGUGCCUGUUGGCUGCUGUCUAUUUCCUAUAAUAUAUUCCUACCAGAAAGUGUAUUCCAUAUCCAAGUAAUGAUAUGUGAUUAUUCAGCCAAGUGCCACUGGAAAACUUGAGUUUUGUUUAUUCAAGUGUCGUCAUUUUUUUUCAAUAUUUUUUAGGCUAUAUAUGUAUUUUUAAGAUUGAUUUCCUUGAUUUACUGGUUGUAGUUUAUUUCUUGUUGUUGUUUUCCACUCACCUGAUAUGUAAACUUUAUUUCCAGAGUGUUUAUGUAGAAAGUGCCUAUUCAUAUCCUGAUUACACCAAUCCAGUUUCAGAAUGCAAAUAAUGCACCUGAGGUUGAGGAAAUGUGAGAGAUCAUGGUCACCCACAGACAGUGCUGUAUCCUCCACAUCAUCGUCACUAUUGCACCAUUACACUCACCGAAGCCACAACGAUAUUCCCUGUACACACCAGUAUCAGUGCAACACCCCAGCUUGUCGACAUGCUAGCUUUAUUUUUCUGCCUUCUUUUCCAUUUUCUACUGGAACAGCUUGUUUAAAAAAAAAUCUCAUUUAGAAAUGCCACUACUGGGAUUUGUUGCCUUGCAUUCAUCCUCUAGUCUGUGGUUAGAAUGCAGAGCCAAUGCAAUGUUGUGGCAACAAGGAGAAGGAUUUAUUAUGCUUGCAUGGGUAAACUAGUUAACUGGGUGACAGAACUGCACCUGAAGCAUGCUUACUUUCCUAGAAUCGGUAGCCAGAUAGACUUGUUAAAAGACUUACUGUUCUGUAAAACAAUGAACUUCGGUUUGACAUGUCACAGAACUCAGAAGGACAGAGGGCAAACCUACAAAUUGAGCCAAUGAUCAAUACUCAGUAGCUGCUGACGUUUUCAUGGCAAAGCAUGAGGACAGGAUUGAUUUAGAGCAAGUUCUAACUUUUUAGAAUUUUUCUUUUGUGGUUUUUUUAUUAUUCAUUUAGAUUCGAUCAGUGUACUCCCAACUCUAAACAGGACAAAUGGACAGGGUUGGAGACGUAGUGACAGUAUAUAUAGCAAAUGAACAAAGCGACACACGGCACACACAAACACAUGCACAAGACAUCGCACAGCACACAUGCAGACAUGUCAAGUUGUCAGUUUCACUUGUACACUGAGAGGUGAAGGCAGCACUGCUCUUUUCCAGACUGAGGGACUGGUUCACCUCCCUUCUGUAUUUUACUCAGGGUGCCAAAACGGGGAGGAGGAAACAGAGCAGGACAUGUGAUUCACAGCAGAAGAAGCUCAAAUUGAAAUAGGGAAACCUUUCGUCAAUUCUUUGUAGUAAAAAAAAAUAAAUCUCGACCAGACAGGUUUACCACUGCGAUACAGAAAACUUUAAAAAGAAUGAAAAUACAGUAUAAUCCAUUUCCUCUCAGUAACCUUGAACAUUACAGACGCUAGUGGAGCCCUGGAAUACAGUCUGUUUAUAUAUAGCUCAUUAAGAUAAAUGAUUUGACGUUCUUUCAUAGAAACCAGUUAAAUCAUUGUGUAAUUCUGGCCAGUUCUUUAGGCCUUUAGUUUCUCUAAGUGACAAAGUGUCGAGGGUAUUUAAGAUUCAGAGUGUAGUUGUAUGAAAAGUUCACCUGCAAAUCUUGUUUUUACUGCCAUUUAUGAAUGGGAUGACAGGUUAGCUGAUAGGCACUCUUUAUUAGCAUACAGUAUUAUCCACUUCGAGAUGUUCUGUGAAUUGACCUGAGAAUCUGCCUUUCCUCCUCUUCCUUUUCCGGAGCACCCAAACCAGGGAAAGGUAGGCACAUCAGGACAGCGGAACAGAAACCGUUUUACAGUAUAUUUCACUUGUUGACACAGAGCAAUAAAGAACUAUUUUGUGGAGACCUAUAGACCUAGCAAAGUUUAAAAUGAUUGGACACUUGUAGUCGACUUACUCUUAUGCAAAUGCCAGUAUUGCAAGACAAGCAUUCAGUAGUUUAUGGACAGCAAUUAUAUGGCACCCUUUACCGAACUGCACGUUUUCAUCAAUUCCAAACUGAGAAGAAAAAAAAGGCCCUGCUUUGAUAGAAAGUUAUGGGUCCUUGACACUUUGCAUGUGAACUAGUGUUAGAUCUAUUUUCCUCUCCUCUAUAGCUGUCUUUCUCUCUGUCUUUCCCUGUUAUGUGACCCAGUUUUUCCUCCGCUCCCAGCCCCUACCCUUAAAACGUUCAUCUCCUCUUGGUUCUCCUAAUGUGUUUUGCUUUCCUCCUUUUUCUUCCCUUCUCUUGUUUGUAAGUUUUAUUUUUGUAAUUGUGCAUGUACAAGCGUCACUGACUCGAUGGAUAUGUUUAAAAAAAAAAGAGAUUUCAGCUGCUGAAGCCAUGCAAAACGUUUUGAAUUGCCCUUAAAAUAUGGAAGAUGUUUUCUGAAUGCUUUAUAUUCUUUCUGCUGUAAAAUAAUAAAAAAAGGAAAAAAUGAAGAAAACUCGAGAA